AUGUAACCCAAGCGAAAGGGGUGUUGGUCAUCCAGAGAUAAGUUCGGAGCCCCACAAAUCCGUUGCUUAUAGCAUUUGCUUGCUCUCUGACGCUACUUGCUAGAAGUCCUGCUUCCAGUCUCUCUUCACUCAACAAUGGCCAAAAAAGUCACCCCCACUGAAACAGAGAGAUGCAUUGAGUCCUUGAUAGCUGUUUUCCAGAAGUAUGCUGGCCGGGAGAUUACGAACUCUCCAAACACCCUCUCCAAGACCGAGUUCCUGAGCUUCAUGCAUACAGAACUGGCCUCCUUCUCACAGAAUCAGGACCCUGCUGUUCUGGACCGAAUGAUGAAGAAACUCGACCUCAAUUGUGAUGGGCAGUUGGACUUUCAAGAAUUCCUUAAUCUAAUUGGAGGCUUGGCACAGGCUUGCCAUGCGGCCUUCACUCAACAGCCUUGCAAGAAAAUGUGAAUGGGUCUCCCAGUCAAUUUUCCAAAUAUACCCUUCCUCCAAACCAGUAAAUGUGUACCCAUUCCUCACAGUCACACACUGAACCCUAAGAAGCCAAGGCUACAAUACAGAGCCAUUCACUUUGUAGCAAUAAAAUAUGAAUUUUUUUUAAAUAAAGAUAAAAGUGAUGAA